AUGGGUGAUUUAGAGAUUCGUUUGAAGGGUUUGAUUCAAUCAGAGUCAAAAUCAAAUGGGGUUCGGUGUUUGAGUUUGAGAAGUAGUGAUUUGUGUCUGAAUUCGAUUGGUUUUGAUGGUAACAAUGGAGGAUUACUCCUCGAGGAUUCGGCCAGAGAAUCCUUCGUUUCGUUAAUUUCUAUGGAAAAUUGUUUUCCUUCCAAGUGUAUGUUACGUGCACGGAGGAGUAGCCGGAGAGGAAGGGGACGGUUUUUGUCGGUGACACUUUCAGAUUCUAAUGAGAUUUUGGAGCAGAAUGGGGAAGCUGCUGUGGCGGAGAGUGAUGUGUGUAAGGAAGUUGAAAAAGUAAAGAAAGGGAAGCUGCAUGGUGGAGCUGGAGCUGGAGGUGCAUUGAAUACUACUAAGCAUCUUUGGUCUGGAGCUGUUGCUGCCAUGGUGUCAAGAACUUUUGUUGCCCCACUGGAGAGACUAAAGCUGGAAUAUAUAGUUCGUGGUGAACAAAAGAAUCUUUUUGAGCUCAUCAAGACAAUUGCAGUUACUCAAGGGAUCAAGGGAUUUUGGAAGGGGAAUUUUGUGAAUAUUCUACGAACAGCUCCAUUUAAGGCUAUCCACUUCUACUCUUAUGAAAAAUACAGAGAUCAUCUGCUCAAAAUAACUGGUAAUGAGGAGGCAACUAAUAUUGAAAGGUUUGUUGCUGGUGCAGCUGCAGGAAUUACAGCUACUGUGCUCUGCAUACCUAUGGACACUAUUAGGACAGUAAUGGUUGCACCUGGGGGAGAAGCCUUGGGCGGCUUAAUUGGUACAUCCCGGCAUAUGAUUCAGACGGAGGGGUUUUUCUCUCUUUACAAGGGCCUAGUACCCUCGAUCAUGAGCAUGGCACCUUCAGGUGCAGUUUUCUAUGGAGUUUAUGAUAUAUUAAAAUCAGCGUAUUUGCAUUCACCUGAAGGGAGGAAAAGACUAGAAAAUAUGAAACAAGGUGAAGACCUGAAUGCCCUGGAUCAACUGGAGUUGGGCACAGUUAGAACUUUGGUAUAUGGGGCAAUUGCUGGUGCUUGUGCAGAAGCUGCUACAUAUCCUUUUGAAGUUGUGAGGAGACAGCUUCAAUUGCAGGUCCGGGCCACUAAGAUGAGUACAUUGGCAACUACCCUAAAGAUCGUUGAGCAAGGUGGUAUCCCUGCGCUCUAUACUGGAUUGACUCCCAGCUUAUUACAGGUUUUACCAUCAGCUGCAAUAAGCUAUUUCGUGUACGAAUUUAUGAAAAUAGUUUUGAAAGUGGAAUAAACAUGAGAUUGGGAUUCCUCAAGGUCAUUCCUGGUGAGACAU